UCCAGGAAGUGCACACAGACACUGCAAGAGCUGAUUUUUCCUUUUCUUUCAACCUUCCACCCCUGGAUUUGCUUUGUUUCCACCCUCCAUGGAUCCUGCAGCUUUUGAGCAGCUCUGACACCACAAUUCCCAGGCUAAGCAGUUUGGUUUUCAUGGUGUCUCAGCAUUGUCAGGUAAACAACUCCAGCAUGUGCAGCGCUCUGGAGGAUCCAUCUGAAUGUGCCUGAGCCUCCUGCUUUUCUUCUGGAGCUGCUGGAGGGGAAACUUGCUCCACAUCAGCACAGCCUGGUUUGGGGAGGGCUACAACUCCUGCCCUGCUGCCAUCCCUGUUCCUGAGUGCUUUCCAUGACCUUGUGAUGAACAGUGACCUCUUGUCAGCCCUGAGAUCUGUGUUUGCCUCUUCUGAUGUCUCCAGCCCUGUCCUGAAGCGCUCACAGGAACUGAUGUGGUGCAACGGUAGGAUUUGUAAUUCCUGAAUCCUGCCUGGCUGAUCCUAGAGGAGGAGGAAGAAGGGGAGAGCCUCCUGUAUGUGCCACUUUUCAGCUCUUCACAUUCCUCAGGCUCCAGCUCCAGUUCUGGACCCCCACCCUGCUGCAGGGCUAAAAAAUGCCUCGUGGCUCAUGGGAAGCAGGAUGGCCAGGAGGGCAGCAGUGGGAGUGAGGGUUUCACAGUCUGCUCCCCACUCAGCUGCUGUGGGGCUGCUUGGUGCUUCCCAGCAGGGAGAGAGAGAGAAAUGCUGAAUUAGAGAGAGAAAUGCUGAAUUUCUGACCAGAAAACACAGAAUCCUUCAAGGAGACACACCUUCAGCAUGGCCCAGAAAAACCAGACUGGUGGAACUGAGAAAAAUGGGUCCUCCCUCCUGUACAGCAAGAGUGAUCUCAAGGAAGGAGCCCUGCAGUGGGUGCCAGAACACCCCCAAGGCCAGGUGCUGCUGGUGCUCAGCAUGGACAACACCUGCCCCAGCUCCUCCUUCGACAUGGACCUUUGUGCUGACAAACUGCAGUCCCUUGGCAUCCAGGUGCCGAUGGAUCCAUGGAGAAGGCUGAUCCAGGAGGCUGUGCUGAGCCCCCAAGUGAGGCGGUACCUGUUCUACAGCUCCAGGGGCUGCCAGAUUGCCAUGGCCAUGGUAUUCUACAUCUCUCUCUGGACAAACCUUUACUCCACCCUCCAGCUGUGGUCCCUGGGCCGCUCCUGGGGGGCUGGAGUGCUGGUGACACUGGUGGCCUUGGCUCUCACUGUCCUGGUGAUCCUGGUCAUUGAUGGACACCAGAGGAAGCUAAACGUGAACACAGAUGUGAGGCUGGCAGCUGUCAAUGAAAUCUUUCUCAAACACAACAUAAUCCUGGGGAUUACAGAUGUCCUGGACGGGCCACACAGCAUCCUACAACUGUGCUUUGUGCACUUCAGCCCCCAGCGCUGCCUCCAGGCCCUGGCAGCCCACAUCACUCACCUGCAGGGGACACAGGCAGGCUUGAGGCACAGGCUGAACAAGCUCUGUGUGGUCAUGGAUGUGGCAGCUCAGCCCGAGGUGGGGGUGGAGGAGGAGGCUCCAUGUGAAGAAUCCCCUCUUUUACCCAGAGGGGUGACCCUGAAUAAAGAUCCUGUGACCUGCAGUGAGCUCCUGCACCUCAUCCCCGAGGGCCCACCCCAGGCCACGGCCCAGCAGCUCCUGGUGAUCUUCAGCGCGUGCUACGCGCGGCUCCUGGUGACGGGCCGGCUGCCUCGGGCCAGCCCUGGGGGACACCUGGGCCACAGCAGCGUCCCCUGCCUCUGCCAGUUCAUCCAGAGCACCCUGCUCUGCUGCUGAGCCAGGAAUGACACGGGUCACCCUGCUCUUCUAAGCCUUCUGAUGGUUACAUUCUUGUAAUGGAGUUUCUCACGCACUGUCACCAUGAUAU